CUCCCACCCCCCAACCCCCCUUCUCGCUCACACACGUUCGGCAGUUCACAUUCCCGAUACCUUUACCUCCUUAUAAGUUCUCCCUAUUUCUUAUCAGAACGAACUAACCAUCGGAUAUCAUGGCCUCUGGCGUAACAGUUAACGAUGAAGUCAUCAAGGUGUUUAACGACAUGAAGGUGAGGAAAUCGUCCAGCUCAGAAGAUGUCAAGAAGCGCAAGAAGGCUGUGCUCUUCUGCCUGAGCGAUGACAAGAAAAAGAUCAUUGUGGAGGAGGGCAAGCAGAUCCUUGUAGGAGAUAUCGGAGAGACUGUUGAAGACCCUUAUGCCUGCUUCGUCAAGCUGUUACCGCUCAAUGACUGCAGAUACGGCCUGUACGACGCCACCUAUGAAACAAAAGAGUCCAAGAAAGAAGACCUAGUAUUUAUAUUUUGGGCACCUGAGGGUGCUCCGUUAAAAAGCAAGAUGAUCUACGCCAGCUCCAAAGAUGCCAUUAAAAAGAAGUUUACAGGUAUAAAACACGAAUGGCAAGUGAACGGACUUGAUGACAUUCAGGAUCGUGCGACCCUGGCAGACAAGUUGGGAGGCAACGUGGUGGUGACACUGGAGGGGUUGCCGUUGUAAACUGACAACACGUGCCAUAUGGAUUCCAGACGCUUUCAUCUUAGCAGCUGUGUCUAUAUCAUUUGAUCCUAAAGGAAUAGCUCCUAGGCUUUUUUUUGUGUCUGUUUGUUAAAUUUUUCCACAUGAAGAUCUCAUUAACAUAUGCAAAACCCUACCAGUAAAUUGCCAGCAGACGUUUUCAAAAUCCUGGUAGAAUUGUGACCUUCAAGGAAUGUUAUGUAACAUCGAGUGUUCUGCCAAAGCCAGUUCAAACAGCACCACUACCUGAGAAGGUACACACACUCCCACCACACAAGCUCUAAGAAGUAGCCACUGUUUGUAUUUUCCACCACAUCGACAGUGCUGACUUAGCGUUCACUAGUGUAGGAAAUUGGAACGCUUUCUAUAAUGCCUUGACAAUCUCCCACUGUCCAGGUGCUGCCUAAUAGUACUUUGCACUCAUUUUUUCAUAUGACUUAUUUAUUAUUUGAACUGUUCUAUCUUUAUCGGAUAUGCUACUCAACAUGGCAAAAACACGUUCUAGACUAUGCAUAAAAAGCACUUUUUUUGUUUAUACAAUACAAGUUGAGACAAAAAGGUCAGAGAAUAACUAAGUAUAAAGUUUAUAUAUUUUAUGCCACCGAGAUAGACUUUACCUCAGUCUUCAUUCCUGCUAUGCAGAUUAACUAGAAAAGAAGAGUAUGGACCUGUUCAGUCGCCGCCUUACUUUCAGUUGAAUGUACAGUUACGCCACGCAGUAGAGAGAAGGGGGGUGGUUCUUGCAGUUAUUUUAUAAACGCAAAAUAAUAAAAAGUGAAUUCAAGAAAGGAUCAGAAAAGUUGACAAUAUAUACGAGCAUUUGGAGCCUUAAUUUAAAUAUUGUUUUUGAGAUCGCAGAGGUUGCCACUUUUCAAUAAAACCUUGUGGCAGAUCAGUAAA